CGCGAAGCCAGAGGAUUUUUGAGGUUCCCUCUGCCUCCCUCCUUCCAAACCAGCGUGGUGUGUCUCCCUCUUCCUCAGUUUUCCCUCCCCCCAACCUCGUUUUCCUCGAGAAAUACCAUUGCUUUGAUGAUGCGAUUUUAGAGCAUUGAUUACAAAUUUAUUCUCAGACACUAUAUAAGUCUUUAUAUCUGCUAUUAGAGACAUCUGGGAAUGAUUAGAGCCGUCCCUCCCCCGGCUCUGCUCCCUCUAUCUUGCAGCGAGGAGCUAGAGACAUGUUGACGUCAGAUCAGACGGCUCGGAGCCAUCCUGCUCUCCACUUGGGUGUAAUCACGGCGACGCUUUCCAAGUCCCGGCCCGGCCGCGGCCGCCAGCUGGGAUGCGGGUGCAGUGGGACGCGGCACUCCAGCCCCGAGGCUCUCGGUACAGCCCGGUUUUGAACCCCGAAGGGCUCCGACUCUUCUGAGUUUGCUGCCGCGGUUGUUUGUUUGUUUGUCUGUUUGGGACUUCGAGAAAGCAGAAGCGGCGCAUUCCGCGGGCGGGUUACUCCCCCAUCCCCCCCGCUCCCCCCAGCCCCCGGCCCAGCGCUUGCUUUAUCUCAGCCCGAUUUCUCCCAGCGCAUCCGCUCACAGCGCUGUCUUCCAAAAUAAAUAUCGAGCCAGGCAGAUUUCCACCUUGUGUCUUGGCAGGGAGAAAUUAGCCAAACAAAGUGCAACGCUUACGUGCGGGCAGUCGCAGCGCGCCGACACCCCGUUAUCCAAAGUGGCAGUCAGGUUUAGAACGAGCCGGGAGAGUUGGAGGCUGCUGUGAAACAAGACGAUUCCCUACCCAAACGGCAGUGCUGCUGGCAAGGAGAUGGCUUUGCACCUGCUAUUAAAUCCUAAUGAAUCGCCUCUAAUUGAGAGCUGGAGCUGGCUGACGGUCACGCCGAACAGCCAGCCUUGGCUCAGUGGGACCCCAAACCACGUUUGAUGCGCUUAUUUUGACAAACUUUUUACUUUAUGAUUUUUUUUUUCAUGUUUCGUAUCACUCUAUUUUUCCCCCAAGGAGAAAAAAAAAUAAUUGAAUAAAUACAACUUAAGCCUCCACAGACUGUUUGCAGUCUUGGACGGCUGACACUUGUCCAGCUGUACAUUACAAUCAGUGCUACUAGCAGGAAGGAGGGGCGGGGGGGUGGAUAAGAAAGCAGUUGAUCUCGUCUCCAGAGGAAAAAGAUAAUGUUAGACAAUUUAUCUGAAGGAUUAAAUUCUCGCGGUAAAAUACUCUUGCCAGGAGGAGUGAGAAAAGAAAAACAAAGCCCCAUGUGACCCUAAAAACAAAUUUAAAAAUACUUCAAUUUCUUUGUUCCAGCAGAAUAAAAUAAAAUAAACCCCCUAGGAUACCGCAACGCUCCUCUGUGUCUAUCCGUAAUCUCGAAAGGAAAAGGAACAUUUCCUUUCUGAAUCAGUGCAAACGGUAUGCUGUAAGCUCGGCUUCCCACCACAGCCACCGACCCAGGGAGUCGGGCGGGAGUAAGUGAAUUUUUGAAAAGCUGUUGAAGUACAAGAGGGGGGAGGGGGGAAGCUGCGAAAUAAGCCAUAACAAAAAUUAAAAAAAAAAAAAGAAAGAAAAAAAAGACUCCCAACCAAACAGAAACAACCCAGCAAAAUCCUAUUUCUCCCUUUAUGAGAGACCUCUGACUGGUGGCGGCUCUGUGGCAGGGCUGAGGCUGUCGUCUCGGCACCUCUCCCCGGGGAGUGAGUCCCGUGUCCUGAGGCAGGAGCCGUCUCCCCGGCGGGAGAUGCCGUGGGGUCCAGCCGAGAGCUGCCGUGUCCCGCCGGGGCGAGGCGCAGGGCUCUGCGGGCGGGGGGCGAGAGGCGGCUCCGCCCGGAGCGGCCUCCUGGGAACAGCAGUAACGUGUUAGUGAAACAAUGGAGAUCAGCGGGCCCGCUUCUCGGAGCCCUGCAAUUGCUAACCGGGGAGGCUGUUCAAAGCAGAAACAAGACCCUGCGUUGCCCAAAAGGCUCGGUAGAAAAAUGUACAAUUCAGUUUUAAUGCAGAGCGGUAGAAUGGUUUCCCCUGUCUCGUCUGUUGAGCGAACAUGUGGGGGUAAUAGAGAGGCCGACUCUCCUAUAGGGGUCUCUAUUUGCAUGCCGUAUGUGGCUAUAGGCUGCAACAGCUGCUUAUAAUGAAAUUCUUAAAAAAGAUAAAUACACGUGCAAACCCAGAGAAGUUUUCUAAAACUGGCCUAAAAGACAAUGAAAUGUCCUGCCAGAAAAUACAGGAGGCGGAAGAGAUUAAAAAAUAAAUAAUAAUAAUAUUAGGUGUUCCCCCCAGAAGCCUCUAGCCUUCGCAGAGUUGCUGGCAGCGUUGCCCGAAGGAGGACCCCGGCAGCUGGAGGGGUGCAGGAGGCCGGGGACGCCCGGGGGUCGGGCGGUGAUGGGGGGAGGUGGCGUCUGGAGCGGUCUGGCAGGGGCGAGCCGAAGCACACGGCUCGGCCUUGACUGCCUCUCUCCCAAAUCUGGUUUUCAUAGAGCCGCGCAGUAAUUACCUAAAGCCAUAACUGUCUCCGAAAUUAUUCAUUAAAGUCAUUCCCUGGAAUCUAGCGUCGCGAGAGCCUACAUUUAUGGCCUUUGCGCCCUCGGAGCAUGACAUCGUCUCUCGCCUUGCGUCCUCGGCGGCAGAGCGUUCAGCAUCGCGAAGCGGAAGGGGGAGAUCGGGCUGCUCUCUCUUGCCUUCCCCUCGGUGUAUUGGUUUGCGGGGGCUCAGGUUGCUUUCCCCCUUUUGGCAGAGGAGAGCGAUGCAACCCGGCAGAUACCUUGGGAGCGAGGAGGGUAUUUUGGGGAGUUGCAGUGUUGUGCGGAAGAUCAUGUCUGUGCCCUGUGGUGCUGUCAGCGGUGACAGAUCCCAGAUGCCGUCGCUACUGUAUGGCAGAUUGAGUUUCUCAGCAGAAAACUCUCUCCCUCCCUCUCAAACGUCUUCAAAAACCUUCUCCAGAUACUGCGGGUCACUUCUGCUCCAUCGGGGAGAGAAAGGGGGAAAAAAGGCUUUUCCUCCCUCCUCCUUCUCUCUUCCUCGCGCCGGACCUCUCUGGGGUGCGCGGGGGGCCAUGACCGGGCCCUGGUGCACCCGGGGGUCUGAGGCGUCCCCUCUCACCCCCGUCCUGCUGAGAGCCCGUCGACGAGCACGGGGACCGUCGUCCAGAGAAGUGUUUUUCUUGCCGCGUCUUUUGCUAAGCCAGCCUCUCAUCUUUCACCGUCGCUGGCGGGGGGCCGAGGGCAGCAGCCGCUCCGCUCCGGCUCCGCUCCGGAUCCGCUCCGGCUCCGCUCCGCUCCGGCGGACCUCGCCCAGUGCGUCCAGUCACCCCGCAAGGCCAAGGGCAGAGAAAGGGCCUCUUUUUCCCUGAGCUCACGGGGACGAUGCGAUAACCGAACGCGCACCGCAGGAAAGAGCCGAUCGGGGGGAGCAUUUCUUAUCCUAUUUUCCCAGUGAAGUAGUAGCUGGAAAAUUCCGGGUGAGAUUUCAUGCCACUUCUUUCCAAACCUGCAAACACCGUCCCUAGGAAAACCGCUCGGCUGGGGUCUCCCCAGCUCGCAGCAAGAGCACUUGUCUCCGAGAAGCACAAAAUUCACCCAGAAAACCUAACUGCAAUGUUUAGCGGUCAGGCCAGCUGUGCCCAGCCUUCCAAGCAAUGGGACAUGUAGGCUGUCAUUCAGAGCCUGAAGGGAUUUGCCCGGCGUGUCUGUCUUCUCAAAACAACGGACUUGGCUCCGGCGUAAAGUGAGAGCAUCUCUGAGUCCAGAGUUGCCGUGCUCCCCUCCAGCCCCUCAGGCACAGUGAUGCGCCUCUUCUUGCAUCCUUCAGGUUGUAAUCAGCCUUUAAUUUGCCAUAGUGCUGGGGAAGAUUGGGACACCAGGUCGGUGUGCACCAGGUGUGCGGGAUGCGCCUUUAGCUAUAUCGUCCCCAGCCCCCGAAGAACACUCUCAGCCUUGUAAGCUUAGCAGCAUCCCUCAGCUUCGCGUUUGCUCUCCGUUCAAACCCCGUUAAAUUCUUGGGGCGUGAAAGGGAAAUCCACGGGUGAUGUGAACUUAGCGGGACCCUCCACAACCCUGGUUAGGCUUUUUCCCUCACCGUCGGAAAAUGCCUUGCGGGCUGGCACGGGGGAAACUGCGGGUGCGGUGCCAGGACAGCUCCCGAGGCACAGGCUGAUUCCCAGAGAGGGACGCGAUUUCCCCGGCUGCCCUGUCCCUGUCCGGGACACGCACAGCCCCGCAGGCAGCUCCUGGCCGGCUGCAGCCCCUCCCCACCGUUCCUGGGGCCGGUGGAGCCGCAGCCGGGUUACAUCUUUGGGGCUGUGCUCUCAAAGUGGCAACUCUCCCGCCUCACCCGGCUUUCCCCCAUCGCCCGCUGGCGUGAAGCUCUCGGUGCCUCCCCGUGUCCCCCCAGCCCGAUCCAAACACUCCACGCUCUCGGCCAUCUCAGCAGGGCGGAUGUCCGUGCAGGAUAGGGCCACUUCCUCCCUCACGGUCCUCAGGCCCCGGCAGGCCUCUAAGUCCUGUCGAGACGGAGGGACCUGUGCUGGGCUGUGCCACACAAGCCAUGCAGACGCCCUCGCCGCUCAGGUGUGACUACAAAGGGUCUUUCCUGGCGGCCUGCUGCUGGCCGGAGCCUGGGAUAGGUGUAAACCCUACCCACCCGGAGGAUGAGUGCGUUUCAUCUCUGUGGUACCAUUUAUUCAAAUGGCACAAGGAGUCCCAAGCCGAGAGCUGGGGGGACCUCCAGGGAAAGGAUUCUCUUUGCAGACGAGGUUGGGAGCACUGGGAGCCGAGCACGGCAGCGCCGGACACCGCAGCUGGGGGGCCAGGGCGGGCUGUGGCAGCAGCUGUGACCCGCGGGGAGCUGUCCCCGCUUGCUGCCCGCGGCUGCCAACUCGCUGCCUCAGGCGGGCAGGUGGCAGCGGCAGCGGCGGGAUGCAGGACUCCGUAUGCCCCGGGUGCUCCGCAGGGCACAUUGGCUUUCCUGCUCCCCUUCCCGGGAGCCGGGAGGGCAGUGUACUGCCGCUCUCACUGCAGAGGCGCAGACAGGAUGGGAAGGAGCCGAGCUCGUGUUUAAAGCCGAAUAUCGCACCCACCCGAGCAGCAGCGGUGGGAUCAAACGCAUCCCCCUUCUCACCCCCUGCUCCAGGUGCUUUCCUGGGCGGCGCGGCUCCUCCC